GGUAUCAGCACAGUUGAAGCUCUACGACGAAGACACUAAGAUGCUGAAAUAUUCUUUGAUCCUGAUUCUGAUCCUUUUGGUUGCAGUCUGUUGUUUCUCCGCGGAGUUGCCAGGAAAUGCCUACUUGCCACCGUUGAGACACAACCAACGUCUUUCCGAAGAUAUCCCACAAGUUGACAAUGGAUUCCUCAUCGAUAUUGAACAGGAUUCGUUGGGAAGGUACGCACCCAUCUUUGUGGACUAUCCGGGAAUUCAGCAUUUGCUAAGACAGCAACAGGAAUACGCAUUGGAUCUGCCGUUCGAGGACAAACAACAUAAUCGGAAACUGGACCUGAGUCUUGAAAAUGAUUCUGCUGCUAACAGAAGAUGGUAGGCAUCUUUUGAAGUACGAGAAUAAUAAAUAAAGGCAACGACAAAUUAUUACG